UUUCUCACAGGAACAGUCACUUCACUAGAAGCAGAAGCACAUUGCAGUUGGCCAGUAAGGAAACAUUUUUAGUUUUUUUGUCUUUGAUAGGGAGCUGACGGAUCUCUAGAGAAGCAUUGAUAUUAGAAAUUUAUUAUUCUCACUUGCUGACUGCCUUUUAAAUUUGUUGUGAAAACAUACGCAAUGUCAAGAGUUGCCAAUCUGUCGAAACUGCGGCAAGAGAGGAUGAGGGAGAUCAACCUGCGGAACAAAGAGAGAGAGCGCAUGAGGGAGCGAGAGAAAGCUGCGAGGGAGAGGGAGGCCCGCUACAGCAAUGGUCACCUCUUCACUUCGCUGACAGUGUCAGGAACGACACUCUGUUCAGCAUGCAACAAAAGUAUUACUGCAAAAGAAGCACUCAGCUGCCCUACAUGCAAUGUUACCAUCCACAACCGAUGUCGAGACACUUUGCCAAACUGUGUCAAAAUGAAACAACGGCAGCAGAAGAUGACCCUCAUGAGGAAUAAUGUUACACUGCGUACCAAAACCCCAGGGAUGCGUGAACGUCCAACUUCAGCCAUCUACCCUUCAGAAAGCUUCCGACAGACACUGUUGGGAUCCCGCCGUGGUCUCUCCGGCCUCUCCCUGUCCAAGAGUGUCUCCACCAACAACAUUGCAGGGAAUCUAAAUGAUGACUCUCCCUUGGGGCUGCGCAGAAUUCUGUCUCAGUCCACAGACUCCCUCAGCUUCAGGAACAGAGCUAUGUCGGUGGAGUCACUCAAUGAUGAUGGAGACAUGUACUAUACUUCUGUACUGGAGGAGAUGGAGCUUGAAGGCCAGGACUUUCAGGCUGACUCGUGGAGCAUGGCUGUGGACAGCAGUUACUUGCAGACACAUCGCAAAAAUAUCAUCAAGAGGCAGGAUGUUAUCUAUGAGCUCAUUCAAACAGAGCUGCACCAUAUGCGAACACUGCACAUCAUGGAAAGGGUGUUCCGACAGGGAAUGCUAGAGGAACUGCAGCUGGAGCCCAGCACUGUGCAUACCAUUUUCCCGUGCCUGGACCAGCUGAUCAGGAUACAUUCCAAUUUUCUGGCACAACUUCUCCUGCGGCGUCACAACAGCCUGCAACCUGGAUCAUGCCACAACUUUACCAUUCACCAGCUAGGGGACAUACUGCUAGAGCAGUUCUCAGGGCAAUGUGCAGAUGACAUGCAGAAGACCUAUGCUGAGUUCUGUAGCCGCCAUUUGAAAGCUGUCAAAUUGUACAAGGAACUUCUGGCUAGAGACAAGAGGUUCCAGUUCUUUAUACGGCGGGUGAGUCGAGGACCCUUGCUACGUUGCCAUGGUGUUCCAGAGUGCAUCUUGUUGGUGACUCAGCGGAUCUCCAAGUACCCUGUCCUUAUUCAGCGCAUUCUUGACAACACCACCGAUGAUGAAGAAGAAGCCUACUCUGUGGCACAGGCUGUCUUGAUGGUCAGAGAACUUCUUAGUUCAAUAGACCAACAGAUGGAGGAACUGGAGAAAACACAGCAAAUGCAAGAGAUCCAGGCCAAGCUGGACCCCCGGGCUGAGGCCAGAGUUAGGGAUGGUGGACUCUUUAAGCCUGGAGAGUUGCUCCGACGGAGGCUUGUCCACAAUGGCACCCUUUUCUGGAAAACCCCAGGAUCCCGGCUCAAAGAUAUGCAGGUCUUAUUGAUGACAGACAUCCUGGUAUUUCUGCAGGAGAAAGACCAGAGGUACAUCUUUUCAUGCAUGGACAAACCUCCAGUACUGUCCCUUCAGAACUUGAUAGUGAGGGAUAUAGCCAAUCAGGAACGUGGCAUGUUUCUCAUCAGUGAUUCCUCCCCUCCUGAGAUGUAUGAAUUCCAUGCUGCCAGCAAGGAGGAUAAGAAUGUCUGGAUACGCCACAUCCAACACACUGUCAGCAAGUGUCCAUCAAGAGAGGAGUUCCCGCUUAUAGAGACUGAACACAAGGCCCAUCUGAGGAGACUUAAAGCUGACCUCCAGCAGAAGGACCAGGAAAUGCUGGAGCUCUUGCAGGAGAGGGUGACUUUAUUCUGUGAGCUUGCAGAGGUGACCUGCGGUCAAGAGAGCCUACAGCCUCCCAUCACUCGUUACUUGUUCAGGGCAGACACACCACAAGCUCCCCGUGCAGAAAAACUCCUACUGGAUGCCACAGCUGAGGUGGACAGGUUAAGUGACCUCCUUCUGGGCUCCAGCUUGGACAUCCCUAUUUUGUGCCAUCACAACCAUAUGGAGGUGGUAGAAACCAGUGACCAAGAUCUGCUGGUCAAUGGAGUGCAUCAUUUCUUUGCAGCAAAGGAUUGCAUGAAGAGCCAAGACAAGCCAUCACACAUGGAGAUCUGUCAGAGGCUGGUGAAUCUCAGUGUGUAUCUGCAUGCACUCCAGGCUGCUGUUAUCAAACAAGAUUCAAUCUUGGAGCUGUUACUGCAGCCACAAGACGCUGUGACAUCAGCCCCAAGUGGAAUAUGGCGCCCCAUAGGGCGAGAUGGUGGACAUCGGGAGUGCAGUGCAGGGUCGACCAUUGGAGAACUGGCUCUUUUACAGAGACAGCACAGCCUGCUGCAGGAGGAGUUGCUUAGGCUGCGGGAUGCUGAGAGCCGGUUCAAGGACAGUGAGAGGGCCCGAUCUAAGCUGGAGAGGCAGGUCCGACACAUGAAGGUCUGCAGUGGGGUGGCACCUGCUUCCCUACAGCAGGGGGAGCAGGCUUCUCAACCUUCAUCAAUGAUGCCAGGAAGAGAGGUUUAUUCUCCACAAGCCAGUCAGGAACCUGUCCACCAAUCAGAUCGCUUUCAGGAUGGAAGUGAUCUGGAGGGAGAUGUGACGUCAGAUGAUGAUGAUGGGACCACAUCAGAAGGCUCCAAAGAUCUUCAAGACAUUCCAGAGGAGAUCUAAUCCUAGGCAUGUUUCCAAGUGAUGAAGAGCUUAUACAGCUAUAUAUGAUUAUGACCUAUUCCAAUGAGAAAAUGCUAUUGCUAUCGUGUUUUCCGGCAUAGUGACCAACAAUACACAUGUUAAUCCUAAGUUUUAGUGUUUAGUUAGCUGUUUUGCUGUUACGUAGAUGGCUUGUGACAGUGGCUUCUUUAUUUUUUUCAUUUCUGCUUUGGAUUAUUUCAGUUUCCAUGAUUCCAUGAUCACUUGACCAAAGGAGUGUGGCAAACUGCAAAUGUGUGGCUCUGUCACAGACACAGACAGUAACAAGUAUUAAGGCUUUGUCAUGACAGCAGCCAACACAGUGUUAAUGGAAAGAGAAUGUUGCAAUAUCCUUAUCCAAAAGAUCUUGUGCUCUAUUUACAAGGCUAAUAUAAAAAAAAUAAUCACCCCACUGAAAAAUCAAUAGAGGUCACUAGGUUCUUUCACUAAAACCAUUGCUGAGACCCGAGAUGUUUCCCACUUUCCUUUGAUUUCUACUUAUAGUUGUCUACACACAAUAGCUGAUGGUGUCUCAUUAGGUCUGUAGGUCCCUAAUAGGCACUUCGACACUCUCACUAUUGUUACUACUGGCCACAUUCCAUAUUUAUCAAAAAAUGGCUGUCUACAUUAGAAACAAACUGUUUAGUUAGCUGUCUGGGGCACCUGGAUGCAUUAACAGUGCACAUGUCAUGCCAACUCUGUAGAGCUUCUUGUCAGAGAUGCUUGGCGACUCCCCAUACACUGGAGGAAACCAGAUUAAAAAUGGUAAAUUUUUCUCUACGUAAUCCACCCACCCUUUUCCUUGGGUUUUCAGGACUACGAUAGCGGUUCACUAGGUUAGAUCAGCAUGUUAACUUUUGCUGAAGGCCAAACCAGGUUAUGUUCCAACACAUCAACAUGUGUUAAAACAGUACCAAUCAGUUCUCCUGGCAAAUGGCAUCAUCAUUCCUUGAAGAUUCCACAGAGUUCAACAGAUAGUGAUAGGUGAAGAUAACAGAGCUGUAGAUGGAAGAGAGCUUUAUACCCCAGAAGAAUACAUCUAAGCACUUCAUUCAUUUAAUGAAACACAGCUACAACCAUAGUCAGAUAUACUUGUGUCCUAAAAAUUUGGUGUUGAUUAGCCUGUUAACUUAUACAUCUACACAGUUUGCAGUGGUUUUUUUUUUUGCUAGCUGGCCUUUCUGCUUUAGUUGCUGCAGCUGAGUUACUUUUAGUCUUUAUUAGGUGUAUACAUUAUGAUAUUUCUGUCGUAUUCUGGUUUGCCAUUCAUUUGUGAAAUAUGCUAGCCUAGCCGCGCUAGACAACCCACGGCAACAAAUUUAAUUCUCUGCCAGGGUCGGUCUAGUUACCCUCCAUAAGGCUCGAGGUUGGAUGCUCCUAAAACUGGCUGGACGAAUCACCAUGAAGUGUAGAGUCAGAAGGCGGGCGUAACUAAGUGACGACAGAGGCGCAACGAUUCUGA